AUGGCUACAUUUAUGCAGCUCCCCUGCGAGCUCCGGACCAUGAUAUGGGACGAUUCAAUGCCUGAAGAUAUUCCCGAGGUCUGCAUAUUACCACCACAGGAGGAGAUGACCGACUUGGGGGAGAGUGACCAUGACAGUGAAGAUGACGAAACAUGCGCAGACGACGAGUCCUUCCUGACGGUCGACACGGCCUUUUCGGUCCUCAUGCACCUCUGUCACGAGGCCAGGGACCACGCCCUCUCACGGACGCGUCUGCACUUCUCGCCCGCCGCGGGCAUCGCCAUUCCCUUUCGGCGCUUCCGCCCCGAGCUCGACGUGCUCUACGUCCCUCCGGGGCGGCCCCAGGCCGUGCCGCCGUGCCGCCUCUUUGCCCGCGUCCGCCACGUGGCCCUGGCGUACUGGCGGCCGCUGUGCACGGCGGCGCCGCCCGUGCGGCCCCCCUCGGCCGCCUGUGUGUUUGCCGGGUUUCCGCGCGUCGAGGCCAUUUCCAUUGUGGUGCCGUCGUCCAAGGAGCUCCCCUCGCAGAGGGGGCGGUUGUACGCGCCUGUGCCGGCCCGGCGCUGUCGGCUGGAGCCGUUCUACACGGGCGCGGCGGCCAAGACGAACAUCAUUGCGGCGUUUCGGGAUGGCGAGAGGAAGGACGUGAGCACCGUGCUGGGAUUCUUGAAUCGGAUCCACUGUGAUAUUGCUUGUUAUCACAUGAGUCGGUGGCGGGAGUUGGGUCCGCGACAUGACAAGGUUGGUGGUGGUGGGUUUGUGGACUUGUCUUUGGCUGCGCAGUACUUUGCGGCGUGGUCUCCAGAAACAUCGUCAGAUUCUCAGGUGAGAGGGUCGUUUCUUGAUAGUCUACAGUUUCCAGACGGUUUUGUACAGCAUUCCAAGUGUACUUGA